CGUCACAAGCGGAUGAAUCCUAGAGCUUUUACUCGGGUGCUGCCCAAUUUUCCUAGCUUUGCUUGCCUGUUGGAAGCUUACUGAAAAACGGGACGCGGUCGUAGGACCGUGUGGCAGCGGGAGCUAGAAUACAAGGAUUCCUCCCACCUCUGCGGGCCAUUAUUUUGUAAAAAAAAAUCUUUGUUUCUUGUUAUAACGAUAACUAAAGACCAUGGCUGGUUGGAAAUCCUAUGUGGAUAACUUGAUGCACGACGGCACCUGCCAGGAAGCCGCCAUUGUCGGUUACAAAGACGCCAAGUAUGUCUGGGCAGCAUCAGAGGGCAGUUGUUUUUGGAGUAUUUCGCCUGCAGAAAUAGACAUAAUAGUUGGGAAGGACCGUGAAAGUUUCUUCACUCAAGGUAUUGUACUAGGUGGAAAGAAGUGUUCUGUGAUUCGAGACUGCCUGUAUAUAGAGUCAGACUGCACAAUGGAUGUCAGAACAAAAAGUUGCUCCGGUGAACCAACAUACAACAUUUCCAUCGGCAGAGCUGGAAGUGUUUUGGUCUUAACAAUGGGAAAAGAAGGCGUUCAUGGCGGUGGAUUGAACAAGAAGUCGUAUAAUAUGGCAAAAUACUUAAGAGACUCUGGGUUCUAAGACCACGUAGAAGAAAAAAUAUUGCUAGUAAAUUUUCCUGUUAGUGGUCAUGUCAUAGUUCUAGCUUAAGUUUUUAAAUGUUAUGGAAAAUUUAAUAGCAAUGCAGAAUAUGAACAGUUACGGGAUAUGAACCUGUGUCUUCAUUGUAUCCCUGUGUUGGUGGGGGAAAUUUUUCCAUGUUUUUUUCCGCAUGUACUUCAGCAUUGGUUUUAGUCAUGGGGAAGGAGGGCCACAGAUAAAUGUUUGACCUUGAUUAUGAAGGAGACUAUCAAACAGCCAGUUCCCAUCCACCCAACAGCUGCUCUUGUCAGAAACCCCUUGUACUUUGCUACCAGUCUAUAUAGAUGGUAGUUCAUUUUCCUGUUAAAGUUAAAUUUGUAUUUUUCUGUAAAAAGUAUUGGCAUGUGAUCGGAUUGCUUAACAUUUUUACAAUGUGCACUAACAUGCAUGUUGAUCUUUUUGUAAGUCUGGACAUGUUUUAAGUAUUGUAAACUAUUGAAUGAAAAUUCACUACAUGGUGCCAGUAAUGCAGUCUCAAUAUUGGAAUACUGACAUGUAACAUGGCUCAUUUGUCUUCCUUUUGAGUUGAUGGAAAGAUUGAGAGGGUAAAUGUGCAUGCACAUUUUUGCUGCUGUUUCAACUUGGUGGUUUAGUACCACUAGUUGCAUACAACACUAAGUGAUUGUAAACAACCAGUUUUCUUUGUACACUACACUUGUUUUACACCGUAGAUUUUUUUACCCUUGGGCCGUGAGGCCUCCUAUUAAAGUGAUCACAGCAUUGCAUCCCUUUGUAUUUGUUUGUGUUAUGCAUUGGCUUUUUUUGCACUCUUGAUUUAGCUAAAUUAAAGUCCUGCUUAAGAGUGCAGUUAUAAGCUUAUGCAUAAGGACCUUGGAUGCAUUUUUGCAUUAACCUCAUGAUUUUUCUAAGGACAUUCCUAUGUUGCAACUGACAGUAUAUUGUGGAAUAGGAAAUGGCUUAACAGGUUGCUGGUUUGGAGCAAAUUCCAAUAUAUUCUGGAGUUGUAUCCAAAUUUCUCUGGCUCGUUUGAGUCGCAUACUGAGGCUUUGCUAGACACUUCAUGGUAUUUGUGCAAAAUAACUACCACUUUAAGAUGCACUUGUAGAGAUGCUUGAGUAAAAUCACUAGAUGUCUUCUGCACUAGAAUUUGUACGAGAUGGGUAGUUCAUUGAAACUUACUGUCCAGCAAAUACCUUGCUGCCCAAAAAGCUAGUAAAUUGCUACUCCAUAUAGCACCUGUUUUGUUGUCUGAAGCAUGGUACUGAUUUGUACGUCAUUUCAAGAUGAAGACUAGAACUUCACAGUACACCAAAAAAGAAUGUGGCUGUCCUGUGAAAUUUUCAGAAGUAUGUACUUGUGCCAUAUUAAGACAUAAUUUCUUGCUCUUGUAAGAUGGAUUUUAACUGUCAUCUGCUACGGUUUUGUUAGAAUGGCACUUUUGGAACAGUUUAGCAUAUGCUUUUGUUAUGAUGUGGAUUAUGUACAGAUUAAACAUUUGUCCAGUUCCCUGCACUUUGUACAUCUGGGAUACAACUUAACUCAUCUGAUUUAAUAUGCAUUUAAAAAAUGCCAUAAACUAUUAAACACCUUGUUUACAGACAGAUGAAAUAAAUUUAUUCCAAACAAAUUCA